UUAUAAGCUUCCUCAGCCCAUGCAUAUGUUUUUCACUCUCACUCUACUCUCACUCUCUGGCUAAGCUAAGGUCUGGUAUUGGUGUCAUCGUGCGUGUGUUUCGGAAGGUACGGAUAUGGAGGAGGCCAGAGAACACAUCAAAGAUAUACGUAGAACCAAGUUUUCUAUCGGAGGGACACUGAACCCUUUAACGGAGGAUCUUCACCAGGCUGUAAAGAACCUUUCUGCAGAACUUUACGCCAAGGAUGUCCACUUUCUCAUGGAACUCAUUCAGAAUGCGGAAGAUAAUGAUUACGCGGAAUCGGUGGAUCCGUCGCUUGAGUUCAUAAUCGUUUCUGAGGACAUUACAGCCACGGGAGCGCCUGCAACAUUGCUGAUUUUCAACAAUGAGAAGGGUUUCUCUUCUAAGAACAUAGACUCCAUUUGCAGUGUUGGUCGGUCCACCAAGAAAGGCUACAGAAAACGUGGUUAUAUUGGAGAGAAAGGAAUUGGAUUCAAGAGUGUCUUUUUGGUUACUUCCCGGCCGUACAUAUUCAGCAAUGGGUACCAGAUACGUUUCAACGAAGAGCCUUGCCCACAUUGUAAUCUUGGUUACAUAGUUCCUGAAUGGGUGGAGGAGAACCCAACUUUUUCCGAUAUACAACAAAUAUAUGGUUCUACAACUACUCUUCCAAUGACAACAAUUGUCAUACCUCUGAAGCCAGACAAGGUCAAAGCUGUGAAGCAGCAACUCUCAAGCAUUCAUCCUGAAGUUUUGUUGUUCCUUUCAAAAAUAAAGCGGCUUUCAGUCCGCGAACAUAAUGAGGAUCCUAGGCUCAAUACCGUAAGUGCAAUAGCCAUUACAAGUGAAACUGACCUUGUGACAAGGAAGAACAUGGAUGCUGAUUCCUACACACUCCAUCUCUCGGCUGAGGAAAAAGAUCAGGCAUCCGACAGAGAAUGCAGCUACUAUAUGUGGAAGCAAAAGUUUCCUGUCAGGCAAGAGAAUAGAGUGGAAAGGAGAAUGGAAGUAGAAGAGUUGGUGAUCACGUUGGCUUUUCCUGUUGGAGCACGUCUCCACAUGGGGAUGACUUCACCUGGAAUCUAUGCAUUUCUUCCCACAGAGAUGGUUACUAACUUUCCGUUCAUAAUUCAAGCAGAUUUUCUUCUUGCAUCAUCAAGGGAAACAAUUCUCUUGGAUAGCAAGUGGAACCAAGGGAUUCUGGACUGUGUGCCCUCCGCCUUUUUCAAUGCUUUCGUCUCACUCGUUAGAAAUUCAGUGAAUGCUCCAGUAUCUAGUUUGGUUCCCAUGUUCAGAUUCAUUCCCGUGGACCACUCUUCUUAUCAGGUGUUAAAUACCGUAAGGCAGUCAAUCAAAGCGAAGCUUGUUGAAGAAAAUAUUGUUCCAAGUGAGUCUUACUCGCAGCAGAAGUUCUUUCAUAAACCUUGCGAAGUAGGUAGGCUUAUGCCUGAUUUCUGGAGAAUCUUGGACCAGGCAAGGGAGCAAAAGGUGAACUUGCAUAAUCUCUCAUCCCAUGGAAUGUACAUUCUGAGUUCUUCAUUUGAUCUUGGGAGUGGAGCCAGUCAACAAUGAAUGGUAUGCAAAGUGCAUCCAGAGUAGUAAUCUUGUUGCAGGAGUGUCAGAGGACUUGUAUUUGGAGAUUUUACUAUUUUUUGCUAGUAAUUGGCGCUCCAAAUUUGAGUGCACCAAUAUCAAGAAUGUCCGACUUAUAAAAUAUGUGGGCGUGGAUGGGGAUCAGUCUUUGUGCAGCAUAUAUGAAUGCAUGAACUGUUAUACUGUGGUACUGUCACGUGACUAUCGUUACGUGUCAUGGUUGAGUGAUUCAAAUAGGGAAUUCAGAUGUGCUGGUAACCGAUUUUUCAUGCCGACAAGCACACAAGAGGCUCUGUUCUGCUCCUCUAAGAAGGUGGCGAUUUGGGAUUGGCUUCAAGUGCAAGUAAAGGUGGUUGUUAUGAAUGUCUAUGAGUAUGCAAUUAAUCUUAGGAAUUCCCUCAAUAAUUAUCGAAAGCUUGUUGUUGCA